AUGAAUGGGCCCGAAACCGCCGACGGGACAUUGAUCAUCAUAGUAUGCCGGGCCAAACACCUUCCGAACCGCCGGAAACUCGACAAACAGAGCCCUUAUGUUCUAAUGAGAAUUGGCACUGAGGCAAAGAAAACAACCGCAGCUUUCCGAGCAGGCCAGACUCCAGAAUGGACUCAAGAGAUACGGUUCCAGUUGACCCGAGACAGGAGACCGCUUUUGAAGUUGGACGUUCUUGACGAAACGAAAAACGACCCAACGCCGAUUGGCGAUACAGAGAUCGACUGUGCUGCUGUUUUCCAGGAUCAGGCUCAUUUCAACGAUGGAAAGUACAUCUUGGACGGCUGGUACGGCCUCAAAUCGAGCGGCAGAGACGCGGGCAGGAUCUAUUUGGAAAUUACGUUUUAUCCUAGUGCUCCGUUGCUUCCUCCUAAGGUGCCCUCGCCUACUUUGGACAAGGAACUACCGGCAAUGCCAGACGAGUUCACCAGACUGGACCCCGUGCAGCGGAGAACCGUGGGCGAGGUUUUCGAGCAAAAGGCUGCCGACUUUGGUGGCUCCAGAGCGUCUGAUCCGGGCGAAGAGGUGUUUGUCAAUGGCAGUCCGAAGAAAGAAGGCCGCUUCAAGAAGCUCCGAGAACGGUUCCAGUCCAAGGAGCCUCUCCGCAACCUCUUUACCCACGAAAAGCAGAAACUGCAAGUUCUUGAUGAGCCCUCGACUGUGCCUCCGCUUCAGAGCUACGAGCAGCGUGAUAGGGUAGUAUCCAGCGACGACGAGAUCGAUAGGACUGACGACUCUCCGCCACCACCUCCACCGCCACACUCUGCUAAAACAAGCCCAAAGAGAGCGGGCCGUAAACCACCGCCAGGUCUGACCUCGGCAGUGCCGGAAUUCGAAAAACUCAACCUCAGCAACACCCUGGUUCCGUUUUCCGCCGAAACUAUGGGGCUUGAUGACGACGAGAUGCCCACGCAGGUGUACCAGAUGGGCCUGCCCGUGCGUCCGCUUACCCACAAACAGCCUCGUGAAAACAAGGAACACCGCAUGAAUCCCAACGAGAUCGACCCGAAGUUCUAUGCGCCUACCCCGUCCGAGCAUUUGGCCAAAAGCUUCCGGUUGCAAAACGGCAAUGUGACCAACAAGAAUGUGAAUACCGAGUACAAUACUGAGCAAAGUGGGUACUUGGGUGCUGGCCAGUGGCUGUCGGAUAAGCGGUUUCUGCCCUCUGUGUUCCAGCGGGUGAAUGAUGAGAACGAGGGUGAGAUGAACAAGCCACCAGUGCCGCCCAAGGUGCCGCAAGGGCUCACCAACAUGGAGUACUACGUUCUAGAAAAGGACAGCUACUUGAAGGAUAUCAACGGGCGGAGGCUCUGA